CCGCCACUACGCUCAUAUACUGUUCCCACAUCAGAGAAACAUUCGAUUGUAAGGAUGAUACGAUUACACCAAAUAAUUGGCUCCGCAGCGAUUUUGACAAUACUGGCAGCCUUCUGCUCGGCUCAAGCGUCGGAAAUGAUAUCACCACUAGAUGACGACAUCAUGGAGUCCCCAUGGCAACAAAACACAUUCCUGACUACCAAACGACAAGCUAGAUGGAGACAAGUUGAUAUGUGUAAUUGUUGUAAGCAAUUCCCAUUUUCAUUUUGCUGUGACGGCUGUAUUAGACUCCGCCAGAUAGCAGUCACAAAAACAGAUUUCGGAGAAAAUAAGGGAUCGACUCCUUUGUGGAAGAACAAAUUUUGUGAAUGUUGCUCAACGAAAAACUCUCCGAGAUGCUGUCAACUUUGCACCAUAUUCUAGAUAUGUGUAAGUUGUUUAGAACCAGAUGUCAUACAUUCUAAAUUAUCAUCAAAUGUGUCCAAUAUUCUAGAUGUGUCAUAUGGACUUUUUCUGAAUGGUUAAAUACAUUACGUUUCUGUUCAACAUAAAGUGAAAUAAAGUGGCAGCAAAGAACAAAGAGAGUGUAAAACGUUGGAGACAAUGUUUAAACAAUCAUGAAAAUGUUUCCCUUUAGACAACUCUUAUUUCAUUAUCUGAAAAAUUAAAACAGCUGAUCAAAUACAGAAGUUAUUAAUUUAUGUAGAAUUGUUGAAUUCCAUUAGAGGAUGCUGGAUGAAUACGAUUUUUAUAAUUUUGGCCUUUGUAUUUGAUUUAAAUUAUUUCAAAUAAAAUAGUGUAAAAAUGUAAAUAACCCAA